AUGCCACUUCGAUUGGACAUCAAGAAGAAACUCUCUGCUCAGAGUGAGCGUGUAAAGAGUGUGGAUAUCCACCCUUCUGAGCCAUGGGUUUUGGCUGCUCUGUAUUCCGGAAAUGUAAUGAUAUGGGACUAUGAGUCAGGAAGCAUGGUCAAAUCCUUUGAAGUAUCCGAGCUCCCAGUGCGAUGCGCAAAGUUCGUUGCCCGAAAACAAUGGUUUCUUGCUGCUUCUGAUGAUAUGAGAAUGCGUUGCUUCAACUACAAUACGAUGGAAAAGAUUAAGGAAUUCGAGGCACAUGCCGAUUACAUUCGUAGUCUCGAAGUUCACCCUUCCCUCCCAUAUGUCCUUUCGACUUCCGAUGAUAUGACGAUCAAAUUGUGGGACUGGGACCGCGGUUUCGACUGCACUCAAAUCUUUGAGGGACACGCUCACUAUGUGAUGCAAGUCAAAUUCAAUCCUAAAGAUACAAAUACAUUUGCUAGUGCGUCAUUGGAUCGAUCCAUCAAGGUUUGGGGACUUGGAUCGCACGCACCGCACUAUACUUUAGAGGGACACGAAAGAGGAGUCAACUGUGUGGACUACUACCCAUCCGGAGACAAACCAUACAUUCUGAGUGGAGCUGAUGAUCAAACUGUCAAGAUUUGGGAUUACCAGACAAAAUCUAUUGUCCACAGUUUGGAUGGACACACAAAUAAUGUCUGUGCUGUCAUGUUUCACCCUAAAUUGCCAAUUAUCGCUUCUGCUAGUGAGGAUGGUACCGUGCGAAUCUGGCAAUCCACAACUUACCGUGCCGAGACUGCGUUGAACUAUGGCAUGGAACGUGCUUGGGCCCUUGCUGCCUCUCCGAAUUCGAACAAGCUUGCCAUUGGUUUCGAUGAAGGUUGCGUGUGUAUCGAGCUUGGAUCUGACGAUCCAGUUGCUUCCAUGGAUGCCACAGGCAAGGUUGUCUGGGCAACCAACAAUGACAUCCAAACAACUUCUGUCAAGGGGGUAGCUGGAACUGGCGACGAUGCCACCCCUGAUGGAGAACGUCUCACCGUUAUUCCACGUGACUUGGGAUCGUGUGAAUUGUACCCACAAAUGCUCAAGCACAACUGCAACGGCCGUUUCGUUGCCGUUUGCGGCGAUGGCGAGUUCAUCAUCUACACCUCUCAAGCUCUGAGAAACAAAGCAUUCGGACAAGCUUUGGACUUUGUCUGGUCUGGAAGUGGAACUGGAGACUACUGUAUCAGAGAGUCAAGCAAUAGCAUCAAGGUCUUCAAGAACUUUAAGGAAAGCCAGACCAUCAUCCCAGCAACUUCCAGUGCUGAGGGUCUCUUUGGAGGUCACAUGAUUGGUGUUAAGGGCGGAGAUGGUUCCAUCUUGUUCUACGAUUGGGAUUCUGGUGAAUUCGUCCAAAAGAUCGAAGCUACUCCUAAGGAAGUCUACUGGAGUGAUGCUGGGAACAUGGUUCUCUUGGCCACUGACGAUUCCGCCUUCGUCUUGAGCUACAACAGUGAAAAGGUUGCAGAAGCCAUUAGCAUGGGAAAUAUCAGCCUUGAAGAUGGAGUUGAAGGGUCUUUCGACUUGCUUUACGAAAUUGGAGACAACAUUACAUCUGGAAAGUGGGUCGGGGACUGUUUCAUCUAUGUCAAUGGUGGAGGCAGACUGAACUACAGUGUUGGCGGACAAAUCGAAACUUUGGUUCAUUUGGAAACAGCUGCCGGUGGACAAGCACAGCACUCCAUUCUGGGAUAUUUGGCUAAGGAGGACCGAGUUUUCUUGAUUGACAAGUCUCUGAGCCUCAUCUCGUACAAUGUCACUCUAGCUGUUCUUCAAUAUCAAACCGCUGUUAUGCGAGGUGACUUUGAAGCUGCUAAUGCCCUUCUUCCAAACAUUCCAGAAGAUGAAUAUACCAAGGUUGCUCGCUUCUUGGAGUCUCAAGGCUUCAAGGAAGAAGCAUAUGCUGUUACCACUGACCCAGACCACAAAUUCGAUCUGGCUCUUGAGUUGGGUCAAAUCGAAACUGCCCAUGAGCUUCUUGUAGAAACACCAGAAGAAGAUAAGGAAUCGACAGAGACCCAAUCAAAGUGGAAGCGACUGUCUGAUGCGGCUCUCAAGGACACCAACCUUGAGCUUUGUGAAGCUGCUGGAAUUGCCAGUGAUGACUUUUCCGAUCUUCUUCUUCUAUAUUCUGCUGUUGGAAACUUGGCAGGUGUUGAGCGCCUGGCUGAGUUGGCCACUGCUAAGGGCAAGACUAAUGUUGGCUUCGUUGCCCACUUCUUGACGGGCGAUGUUGAAACCUGCGCCGAUAUUCUUGUCAAAACAAAUCGAUUACCUGAGGCUGCACUUUUCGUGCGAACGUAUCUUCCAUCAAAGAUGGACGAAAUUGUUGCCCUUUGGAAGGAGGACCUUGCAUCUGUCAGUGAAACUGCCGCCAAAGCUUUGGCAUCACCGUCUGCAAAUCCAGAAUUCUUCCCUGACAUGGAAAUUGGUCUCCAAGUUGAACAAAUGUUCCUUGCACAAAGGGAGCAAUCGAAGGGAGUUGGAAUGUCAUCCAUUGAUUACCCAACAGCUAAGGGAGAUAUAGACUUGAAUCUGAUUGAGUUGAUCAAGUCCCGCCAAGGUGGUGGUGGCGGCGAAUCAAAGCAACCCGAACCAGCUGAUGAGCCUGUACCUGAACCUGAAGAAUCGGGACCUUCUGAGGCCGAACUUGAAGCCGCUCGAUUGGCAGAAGAAGAAGCUGCAAGGCAAGCAUCAGAGGAGGCGGCUGCGGCAGAAGCAGCGGCUGCUGAAGCUGCUGCCGCGGAAGCAGAAGAAGCUGCGGAAGCAGAAGUGGACGAGACCGAUUUCGGUGAUGACUGGUAA